UCAAGGGCCACAAGCGCUUCUGCCGCUGGCGGGACUGCCAGUGUGCCAACUGCCUGCUGGUGGUGGAGCGCCAGCGGGUCAUGGCCGCCCAGGUGGCGCUCCGGAGGCAGCAGGCCACCGAGGACAAGAAAGGGCUUUCUGGGAAACAGAAUAAUUUCGAGCGCAAAGCAGUGUACCAGAGGCAAGUCAGGGCACCUAGUUUGCUGGCCAAAAGCAUUUUAGAAGGCUAUCGCCCUAUAACGGCGGAGACUUACCUAGGAGGGACCCUACCUCUACCUCCCCCAGUUAGUGACAGGAUGAGAAAAAGAAGGGCCUUUGCUGACAAAGAGUUGGAGAACAUUAUGCUGGAAAGAGAGUAUAAAGAGAGAGAGAUGCUGGAAACUUCCCAAGCUGCUGCCUUGUUCCUGCCCAAUCGCAUAGUACCUGGAACUGAAUACAGCUCCUACAAAAGUGCCUACAGCCCCACCCCAGGGGAGCUGCCAAGCAAGGACUUCUGCAAUUUUUUGCCCACCUGUCUUGAUCUCACCAUGCAGUACUCAGGAUCUGGGAACAUGGAACUGAUUUCUUCUAAUGUUAGUGUGGCCACGACUUACCGACAAUAUCCUCUGUCCUCAAGAUUUUUAGUUUGGCCCAAGUGUGGCCCUGUCAGUGACACCCUUCUCUACCAGCAAUGCCUUCUAAAUGCCACCACCUCAGUUCAAGCCCUGAAACCUGUGGCCGGCUGGGACUUGAAGGGAACAAGGGUCCAGGAUGAGCUCAGUGCAGAAUACAACAUGAUACCACCGAAACUGGAAAGCUCCCUGCUGCCUCACCCUCCCGAGGUCCAGACCUCAAGAAGUGACUUUCAGGGUCACCAGGCUGUCCCUGAGAGGUCUGCCUUCUCCCCACCCCAACGAAAUUUCUCUCCCAUUGUUGACACAGACUCCCUGGCAGCUCAAGGGCACAUCUUAACCAAGAUCAGCAAAGAAAACACUAGGCACCCUCUGCCACUUAAAAAUAAUCCAUUGCACUCGUUAUUCCAGCAAACGCUUAAUGACAAAUCAGGUCCCGAGCUGAAAACACCAUUUGUCAAAGAGGCCUUUGAAGAGACCCCAAAGAAACACAGAGAGUGUUUGGUCAAGGAGAACCAGAAAUACACAUUUACAAUAGAUAGAUGUGCGAAAGACCUUUUUGUAGCCAAACAAGUUGGAACAAAACUCUCAGUGAAUGAACCCCUGUCAUUUUCUGUUGAGUCUAUUCUUAAGAGGCCUUCAACUGCCAUCACCCAUGUCUCUCAGUGAAACGCGGCUUGAAUGAAAAGGUGGAUUUUCUUCCAUCUCGGAUGGUUCUUGCCAUAUACUUAUUUUUUUUAGAGUUCAAAUGUUUGUAUAAAGAAAAUUUUAAUGUAAAUAAUGAUUUCUAAAAAUUCUACAUAUUCAUAUGCAUGUACUUUUUUAUCACAGAAAUAUAUUUAAACUUAAGAUGGAAAUUGCUUCAUGUGCAGAUUGUAGAGUUCUAUGCCUUACACAGCAUUUCAAAAUGGAAUAAAACUGAUACUGUCUUCUAAAAGAUUAAAAAAAAUAAAAGAUCCAAUGUUUGCUGAGCAAAUAGCUGUCUUUCGCUAGAUGAAAAACCUAAUGUCUGUUAAAUGUGCCCUUUGUUUUUCUAUAUUUCUGUGUAUUUUCAAGUACCAUUAAUGGUCACUGGGGGCUACAGGAGAAGUCUUAUGAUGUUUUAGUUUUGCUUUCUUUUCCCUCUCUGUGCCUGCUAGGCCAAGUAUGCUGUCUCUGAGCUCUGUCC